AUGAUGUCACAGCUGUGCGCCUCCGACGUGCUCGCCUACGACUACUGUGGCUAUGGCUUCAGCGAGGGUGAGCCCUCGGAGGAAAAUUGCAUCCAGUGCAUCGAUGCGGCCUACGCCUACUUGCUCCAGCAAUUUGCCCCCAACCGCAUCGUCCUCUUCGGGCGCUCCAUCGGCACAGGACCCACUGUGGACCUGGCAGUGCGCCACCCUGAAAUCCGAGGAGUCAUUCUGCAGAGCCCGAUCGAGAGCUGUGGUCGCGCAGUUUUCGGGAACCUCGCCUCGUGGGUCGGCUACAGGAUGGACUUGUUUCGGAACUACGAGAAGGUGGACAAGGUAGAGUGCCCUGUCCUCGUGAUGCAUGGAACCGACGAUGAUAUCGUCCCGAUUGAGAGUGGCAUGGCCAUCCAGGAGGCCUGCAGGAAAGCUGUCGAGCCGCUCUGGCUGGAGGGCUAUGGCCACAACGAUCUUCCGAACGAGAUCUGCCUAAGGCGAGUGCGGGAGUUCAUGGACCAGAUGGAUGGCCUUUCCUGGGGUUGGAACAUUUUCGUGACCAAUCUGGCCACGCACAUCUCCGUGAAUCUGUGA